AUGCCUAUCUCCAACAAGAUCGCAGAAGGUGUCGAAGAGGUCGACGUGAUCAUCGCUGGUGGUCAGUACAUCCUCUACAUCGCCCUCGCUCAUAUUAACAGCCGUACAGGUGGCACAGCAGCAUGUGUCGUCGCCGGGCGUCUCGCCGCAGCCGACCCGAACCUCAGCAUCCUGCUCAUCGAAGGCGGCGAGAAUAAUCACAACUUGGACAGCGUCCGCAAUGGAGCGCAGUUGAUCGAGCACUUGCAGCCGACCAGCCGCACGGCAAUUUUCAAUGUUGGGAAGCCGACGGAUGCUGUCGCUGGACGGCCUCAGAUUGUGCCGUCUGGAGGUGUACUUGGUGGAGGAUCAAGCAUCAAUAUCAUGCUGUACAGUCGAGCGCAGGGGUGUGACUUUGACUCCUGGAAGAUGCCGGGAUGGUCGACGAAGGAGAUUCUGCCGUUCAUGAAGAAGCUUGAGACAUACCACGGCUCCGGGACUAAGAAUCACGGAGAUCGCGGUCCUGUCCAGAUCUCCAACGGCGCCUUCCGCGGUAUCAAGUCUCAGGAAGACUGGCUCAGCGCCGCUUCGAAGCUCGGAUACCAAGAAUACACAGAUCUGCAGGACCCAACAAGCGUGAAUAACGGGUGGGAGAGGGCGAUGAAGUAUUCCACGCCUGAGGGCGACCGAGCCGACUCGGCGCAUGCAUACAUCCACCCGCUGUUGGAGGAUGGGAAACACAUUAACCUGCACGUGCUCUGCGAGUCAAAGGUCGUCCGGGUAUUGUUUGACGACAACAAGCGGGCGGUAGGCGUCGAGUACAUGCCCAACCCAGCGUACCAGCCGCAGACCGGCGUGGGUGAACCGCCGAAAUUCUCCGUCAAGGCGAGGAAGCUCGUCGUGGUAUCGUGUGGCGCUUGCGGUACCCCUCAAGUGCUCGAGCGCUCGGGAGUAGGUAAUCCAGACAUCCUCAAGAAAGCCAAUGUGCCAGUUGUGGCGGACGUGCCUGGGGUCGGAGAGAACUACGACGACCACACUCUGGUGGGGUACACCAUCACGACCAACCUCGGACCGGACGAUACGCAGGACGCCUUCGCGACGGGCAGAGCGUCUGCUGAAGACCGCCGGGCGAAAGGCAUGCUGGGCUGGAACGGCUGUGACACUCAUGGGAAGUUCCGACCGACUGAGGAGGAAGUCGAAGCGCUGGGCUCGGAUUUCAAGGAAGCGUGGGAUCGGGAUUACAAAGACCAGCCGAAUAGGCCGUUGAUGAUGGCUGCCACGCUUGCUGGGAACAUGGGAGAUCCAACCUUGGUUCCCGCCGGCCAGUACUUUUCCAUAGCGGCCUAUUCCGCAUACUCCUACAGCCGCGGCUACCUCCACAUCACCGGUCCCGACUGGCACGACCCCAUCGACUUCGACCCGGCCUACCUCUCCGAUAAACACAACCUCGAUCUCAAAAUGAACAUCUGGGCCUACAAGCGCCUGCGCACGAUCAUGCGCACGACGAGCAUGUACACCGGAGAAUUGCAAUUCAUGCAUCCAGUCUUUCCCGAGGGCUCCGAAGCCGCGUGCGUGUCUGCCACCGAUGCGAAGAGCGUCGUGGCGAGUCCGAAGUACACUGCGGAAGACGACAAGGCGAUUGAGAAGUUUCUCCGCGAGCGAGUAGGGUCUUGUUGGCAUUCGCUUGGGACGGCGAAGAUGGGUGCGAGGGCGGAGAAGGGGGUUGUUGAUGAGAAGUUGAAUGUUUAUGGGGUUGAAGGGUUGAAGGUCGUCGAUCUGUCCAUUGCUCCUGGGAUGGUGGGUGCGAAUACCAAUAACACGGCGUACGUGGUUGGCGAAAAGGGCGCCAGUCUGAUUCUCGCGGAGCUCGGGCUGGCUGAUGCUGAUGACUCGAUCUGA